AUGGAAGUGAUCAGACUGUCGGGCUACGACCUACCCGAGAAAGUGCAAAUUGCCACGCAGUAUUUGAUUCCUAAGGCGGUGACUGCUAAUGGACUGUCGAAUCAAAAGGUGGAGUUCACGUCGAAGGCAAUUGAGGCUCUCAUCAAGGGUUACUGUCGAGAGGCUGGUGUGCGCAAUCUUGAAAAGCAUGUAGAUAAGAUUAUGCGAAAGCUCAGUUUUAUGGUUGCCAAGGAGAAGGAACAAAAGUCGCUCCUUGAGAAGGAAGCCACGACAGCCGAGGAAAAAGUCGCAACCACCGUGGAGGCGAAAGAAAGCGAGGGUGCGGUAACGGAGGAAGAGGAAUAUGGGAGAAGGGACCCGUCGUUGUUAUGGGACGUGAAUAAGGAGACUGGAUGUGAUAAGCUGAUGAGAGAGGUGCCUGAGAAUGUCGACUGUAUCAUCACCCCCAAGCGGCUGGUCGAUCUAGUUGGCAAACCUGCAUUCACCAGCGAACGCCUCUUUGAAGGUACAUCCCCUCCAGGAGUCGUGAUGGGACUGGCUUGGACAGCAAUGGGAGGGACAGUUUUAUAUACGGAGACUGUCGUGGUCCCUAGCAGUGAUCCUAAAGGUGGGAUUGAGAUAACCGGACAGUUGGGGGAGGUCAUGUCGGAGUCUACUAAGAUCGCCCUCACUGUGGCGAAGAGAGUUGUUCAUUCGAUCCAACCUGACUCUAAGUUUUUCGAUACGACGAAGAUACAUUUGCAUUUCCCUGAAGGAGCUACUCCAAAGGACGGCCCUUCGGCUGGAGUUACUAUUGCUACAGCAUUGUGCUCUCUGGCUCUACAGAGGUCAGUCAAAGACAAUUUAGCGAUGACUGGAGAGCUCUCGCUCAGUGGUUUGGUAUUACCCAUUGGAGGAGUGAAGGAAAAGGCAAUUGCUGCCGUUCGAGCUGGUGUCACGACGCUGUGUUUACCCCUACAGAAUAAACACGAUGCAGCAGAGCUACCAGAGUGUGUAUAG